AUGUCCACCGCCUUCUCCUACCAAGACUGCAUCGCCGAGGUGGACGAGUACCUGGUCUCCGCGUCCGUGAGCGACGACGAGCCGGCGCUCGCGCUGCACUGGGACCAGAACGCGCUGUCGCAGUUCGCGGACGCCGCCAACGCCAACGCCGUGGACGCGGGCGUGGCCAUGCCCGAGUGGCUCUCGCAGCCGCGCGGCAGCAUCACGCCCGACUCGGUCGUGGACGACAUGAUGGCGUUCCUCGCCACCAAGGCCGGCGGGCGCUUCGGCCGCGUGCUGCUGGCGCCCAACAGCGUCGUGCAGUUCGGCCAGCUCUGCGGCAUGUUCGCCUACAUCGAGAACGACGCGUUCGUGCGUGCGGCGGCCGACGGCGCGAGCCUGGGCGACGGCACCACGCUGGCCAAGGUCUUCUGCGUCACAAAGGGCAGCGCGGCGGCCGCCGUGCCCAUGGAGUUCCCCCCGCGCGAGAACCAGAGCCGGCGCCUGUUCUCAUGA